AUUCCAAACAAAGCCAAAAAAAUUGAACUAAUUUUGUACUAGUGGACUAAAUUCUUGAAGUCAGAUACCGGAGAAAAUCCAGAGGGAGAAAAGUGAAGCGUACUUGUAGAGAGAGAAGAGUUCGAGCGCCCACUACGUCAUGUUUCAGUUUAAUCAUCAGCUUUCGAUCCAAACAAAUGCUUUGUCUAUCCAAGAUCCAUCAGCAGUGAAUCAUGUGCCUCAGAGUGAUUCCCCUAUAAUGGCAAGGCAUGAAGUUCAAAAUGGAGCUCCCUUUCAGGCACAAACUGUUGUAUAUAAUUCUAAGAAAUUCGAGGAUGAUCUAAAAAUGUUUGGUCUCAAAAUAAAAAAGCAUGAAGACAAUAUCAGAAUUUUGAAGACCCAGAGAAACAAAUUGGACGACUCCAUCCUAGAUCUGCAAGUUAAUCUUGGGAAGUAUCAUUCCUCAAGUUCGCCUAUGAUUAAAGAUGAGGAUCAUAGCCACGUGGACAGUGAGGAGGAGACGGUAGAAAAUAUCAUAAAACAGGAGAAAUCUGCAGCUGGCAUUUUGUGCGUACUGAAAACUCGUCAUGGCAAUCAGACUUCUCAUCUUCCGUUGACCAAGGAUGUGCUAGGUAUUGUUGCUACACUCGGGAAAGUAGAUGAUGACAACCUCAGCAGGCUUCUCUCUGAGUACUUGGGGAUAGAAACAAUGCUGGCAGUUGUUUGCAAAACUUACAACGGUGUUAAAGCUCUUGAAACAUAUGAACAAGAUGGUUCUGUAAAUAAAAGUUCUGGUCUUCAUGGUCUGGGAACUUCUAUAGGGAGGCAUUUGGAUGGCCGCUUUCCUGUUAUUUGUCUUGAAAAUUUAAGACCAUAUGUGGGCGAGUUCGUUGCUGAUGACCCGCAGAUGAGGCUUGAUCUUCUGAAGCCAAGAUUGCCCAGUGGUGAAUCACCACCUGGCUUUAUUGGGUUGGCUGUGAAUAUGAUUAAUAUAGAUAAUGCCAACUUAUUUUGUGUCACAGCUGAUGGGCAUGGUCUUAGGGAGACUCUUUUCUAUAGUCUCUUCUCUGGCCUUCAAGUGUACAGAACAAGGGCAGACAUGUUACAAGCUCUUCCUUGUAUUAGGAACGGCGCCGUGUCUUUGGACGGUGGAAUGGUGAAGACUAAUGGCUUGUUUUGCCUGGGAAAUCGGGGAGACAUAGAUGUGAAGUUCCCCAAAAGCUAUGUGAGGUCAAAUCUGCCUUUGAACUAUGUUGAAACUGAAAAGCGGAUAAAGGAGAUGCAAUGGGAGAAGGAAAGAACGGCAGGAGAUAUGGAGAGAGAACAAGGAUUAUUGGACUAUACAAAACAGUGUUUUGAAAUAAAGAAACAGGAAUUACUUAAGUUCCUGGCAGAAAGUUCAUCAUCAUAUGCGACUCAGCAUCACAUUCAGGCGGGGCGAGACAGAAUGACCCCAAGAUGAUAUUUGCACUCAAGAACCAAGUGCAGUAUGUGAGCAGCUAUGAAAAUGUGAAGUCAACUCAACGACGUGUUAAAGAGUAAUUAUUUUGACAAUCUCUGGUUUUGGAGAGAGGAUUAGCUCAGGCAUCCAUUGUCCUCACACAUUGGCGAUUAAAUUUAUCAUUGAUUGUUCAACGAUUUUAGAAUUCUAAUCGGGCAACAAUUAGUUCUGUCAAAUCUUCAUGCACAAACAACAUAACGGUCCUGCUAGUUUGUAAUCUUUUUCCCGAUUGUGUACUUGCAUAAUUGUACUUACGGUCUAACGAUGUACACAUUUUGAUAUAAUGAGCCAGGUAGCAAUAAAUUAUGACAUUUUCCAUUGUCCA